GUGUAUACAUAUUCUUUUUAUUUUACAGAUCUUUAAGUGAUCUGAUGAGAGAAGAUAAAAGUGACCGCAAUUCCAAAAGGAGUCGAGAUCCUCAACUUUCUGAACGAGACAGAAAAACGGCUGUUCGACGCUCGUCCUCCAGAACUCGUGAAUUACGUAGUAAGCAAACGUCGCGUCAUGAGGAUGAACGCAAACGGGCAAUAAGUGGCAGAGGUGAAAAAGAAACUGGCCGCGAUAGCACACGCAACAGACAAGAUGGUAGACGGAAACGAAGCCCAAGUCCCAAUAUGGCAUCUACUCGUGGUGGAAGAACGCGUGUUGAUAACAAUGGACGUUCUAAGCGUGACGCUCCUGAGGCUAAGAGGGAGCGAAAAGAAGCUGAAAAAGAUCUGGUUCGAGGUACAGAUUCGUCACAAUUUGCUUUUGGUGGUAAUGAAGUUCAGCAAUAUGAUAGUGCAAUAGCAAAUGGAGGGUUUGGUAGUAUUGACUUUCAAUCGGGCUUUGCAAAUUCGGGGUUUUCAAAUACAAAUUUCGCGGAUUCAGGAUUUCGUAAAAAUGUUGGAAUGGAUGAAUUUAACCGUGGUGGCAAUCAAUCCAAGCCCAGGAUACUUGCUCCAAAUAAUGGUGGAAGAGAAGGCAAUAAAGAAAUUCCUGCAGAUGCUCCCAAGUUUACUGUCAACGAACUUUCCGCAGAAUCCAUUAAACGAGAACAUACGCAGAAAGGCGCAAAUCAAAGACGAUUUUUACCUAAUCAUGGCACUUUUGGAAUGAAACGUCAAUAUGCUGGUAUAAGAAGCGCCGCUACAUUUACUGGUGCACCGAGAAUGCAACAACAAAAACAUGGUCGGAUGUUUGAUGGUUCCAAUCCUACUGCUAGAACUAUUCAACCUACUGAAAAGGCGGAAAGAAGCAAAUCCGAAACUGAACAGGCUCCUGUGCCUCGUGGAAGGAAUUACUUCAUUCAUGAUCAUCGUGAUACAGCGUUUGUCAAUCAACGCAAUCAAAACAAUAUUCGCUUUGGACAACAAGGAAGAGGAAGACCAGCUCCAACUGGAUGGCGUAAUUUUGGUGAUAGAGAAGGAAAUGUUGACGAGGCUAGUUUUGCAAUUCAAAGUUAUGGGAGAGGUGGUGGGGGUGUCGGAGCGCCAACUCGUGGAGGCUUUGCCAAAGGAGGUUUUGGCAAUUGGCGUUCCAAGGCUGAUGAAGAUUUAAUAUGGAAACAUGACAAAUAUGUAGAGGUAUCGCAAGACGAAGCCAACACAAAAUUGGAAUUGGUGGAUGAAGUUGGUAUUGAACCACAAGAAGAAAUCUUUAAUAAGAAACGACCGCAAGAAGGUGAGAGUCGACAUCGCUACCAAGACGAAAGUUUUGAUUAUGAAGUUGAAGAGCUUGCAGUUUAUGAUUAA